GAGUUACAGUAGGACAUCGACAGGAAUAAAAAGGCCUCUUCUUCGAUGUUUAAUCAACAGUCUACAACUAGAAACCGUGCGGUUAAUCAACCAUUCCAAUACCUCUGAAAUACCACUGUUUAUUUUGAAAUCGCCUGGUCGCGUGUUAUCGCCAAUUGCGCAACUCCAAGGAUGAAAUUGUUGCUAUCGUGUUGGAUAUUGGCAACUGUGGUUCACUUUGCAUAUGGCGCAGCAGUUGAACCCAAAGCCGGCGGUAAGAAGAUGGUGUGUUAUUAUGGUAGCUGGGCCGUUUAUCGACCCGGCAACGGCAAAUUCGAUGUCGAGCAUAUUGACCCAUUUCUCUGCACUCACAUCAUCUACGGAUUCACUGGUCUGGGAACGGACAAUACCAUGAUACCUUUGGAUCCAUGGAACGACCUCUACGACAACUGGGGCAAAGGAGCUUUUCUAAGGUUCACCGGAUUGAAAAGACAAAACCCGAACUUGAAAGCUCUUAUUGCUAUUGGUGGAUGGAACGAAGGAUCUGAAAAAUAUUCGAAGAUGGUGUCUGAUCCAGCGAAAAGAGCCACUUUUGUGAACUCGGUGGUUAGUUUCAUUCAAAAGUACGAUUUUGACGGCUUGGAUUUCGACUGGGAGUAUCCCGCCAGUCGAGGUGGCGUUCCUGCUGACAAGCAAAAUUAUAUCAGUAUGAUUCGGGAAUUGAAAAAUGCUUUUGCCCCGUACGGAUGGCUGCUCACUGCUGCCGUUUCCCCUGGCAAAUCUACAAUUGACGCUGCGUACGACAUCCCAGCGUUAGCAGACAUCCUGGACCAAGUCCAUGUAAUGAACUACGAUUACCAUGGAAGUUGGGAAACGUUUACCGGAUUGAACGCGCCCUUGUACGGCAACCCAACUUACGACCGUACAUUGGAAAACAGUUUUUUGAACACGAAUUGGACGAUUUACUAUUGGCUAUCAAACGGAGUUCCUGCUUCCAAGAUUAUUUUGGGGAUGCCGCUUUACGGUCGUGGAUUCCAGCUCGAUAAUGCAGCCAACAAUGGUUUUUACGCUAGCGCCAGCAAUCCUAUCCCUGCUGGACCAUACACUCAACAAGCCGGCACAUGGGGUUACAAUGAGAUUUGCGAGAAGUUCAAAGCUGAACCCACUUGGACGGUAGUUAGAGACGCAUGCUAUCAAGCGCCCUACGCUUACAAGAACAACUUGUGGAUCGGCUACGACGACGAACAAUCUCUAAGAAAUAAGGGGCGUUAUAUUGCGGCCAUGAAUCUGGGCGGUGCUCUUACCUGGUCGAUCGAAACUGACGAUUUCAGAGGUAUCUGUCACGGAAUACCAUUUAUCUUGACGAAAACCAUUGUCGACGCAAUGAACGGACCCACAAACCUUAUGCCGAGCAAUCCCUGUGCAUCAGGAACUCCCGUAACUCCUUCACCUGUAACAACGACACCUCCUACAACUACCGUGUCAACAGUUACAUCAACUUCUGCAAAGCCGUGCAUUUGUGCACCUACGACAUGUUCACCCGGCCCGACUGCUGCUACUAGUUCACCCGGCCCGACUGCUGCUCCUGAUUCCACCACUCCCUCAUCAAUCGUGACAUCAACGACCGCUGUAACCUCGGAACCUAAUGCCGUCUGCAAGAAAGAAGGUCUCAAUCCCGAUCCUUACGACUGUGCUAUUUUUUACCAAUGCGUGAGUUACGCAGCUAAUGGAUGGAUCGUUUACACUCAACGAUGUGCACAGGGAACAGUUUUCAGCGCGAGUUUAAACAAUUGCGAUUAUCCACAGAACGUUCCAGGCUGCGAGAGUUAUUACGGAUAGAUUUAUUGACAAAAAACUGACUGUUUUCGUUGGUAUCAUGAUUAAAAUAAACUAUAGAAUUUGUAGUAGGAUGCAUAAA